AUGAAUGACGGCGCGGCCCCAAUCCCGAUGGAGCCUCCAUGCCCAAGGGCCCUGGAAGCUUACAGGAAAACCAGACGGGGCAAUUUCUUCAGGUUGCCCCUAGAGAUCCGCCUGAAGAUCUAUAAGUACGUUGUUGUUUAUGUGCAUACCCCAACGACGCCCGCACAUGUUUUCCCAAGGCAGGUCAAGGCAGGAUCAUGCAAAUUCGGUUGGGGGCGUUACAACGUCGACCGCAGCGCGCAGACCCCGAGCAACGACGCAGAUGUUCUGGUGCCCGCCGAAGCCCCUCUGAUGGUGACCGAGCUACAACGCACCUGCCGUGAAAUACACGUCGAUCUCGCCACAUAUCCCAUCUUCUACGAGGUCAGCACGUUCAUAUUCUUCGAGCCAGUCCAUAUGCAUGUCUUCCUCGCCGCGAUCACUCCCUUGCGACGGUCUUUCAUUCGAUCAAUCAAGGUGCUAUCCGACCCGGACGAUAUGCCAUCCACUGCUACCACACCUUCUUGGUCUAAAACCCACACAGGCAGCCGGAUGAAUUAG